AUGCAAACUCCUAGUGCGUUUCAUCCACUGACCGCCCGUGACUACUCAUACUUCACAAUCAUCCCGGAAAUAAGUGAUGAACUCAACUCGCUUUCAGAGAAGGGCAUAAAGACGGGGCUACACCCACAAGACUCAGAGAAGACAGAUAAGAGUUCUAAGAAGGCGGACCGCAACUGGAGCCUGAACGCGACGAAAUUCAUAAUGCUGAAGUAUAGGCACUGGCAACUUGCACACCGCCGAGUCAUCAGUUUUGUGGACUUCCUCAAAACGUCUUCAGACGAAAUACAGCGGUACUUCCACGUCAAGAAGAGUGCGUCGCAAAUCAAAGACAAAAUCAACAACACGAAAACGGGGUAUGUUUCUCUUGCAGAGUCUGUUAAGCCUGGCAAAGAGGGAAAGAAACACGCGUUGUCGUCCAAGAAAAUACCAAACGACGUGUUUUGUUUCAUGGACAAGUUCUACAAUGCACAAAGAAGUGUCUUUGUCGAGAACGUUAUUGCAGAGAUCGGCGUCAUUUUGAGCGAGGAGGCACAGAAGGAGAACACUGCCUGA